CCUUCCCCUCCCCCCGCACUCCGCGGUCCUCCCCCGCCCGCGCGGUACAGCUGGGCCAGUGACGCGGGAGCUACCGCCGCCGCCACUGCCGUCGCCACCGCGUUCCAUUCUCCUAAGCCGGCGACAGCGUCGCCCCCAGCCUCCCACCGCCUUCUCCCGCAGCGCGGGCCAGCGCCAGCCAGACCAGGCACGCAGGGCCUCGCCUAGACCCGAGAGGGAUACGGGCGCGCGCAGGCGGCAGAGCGGAUCCCGGCGCUGCGGAAGCUUCGAGCGCCCCCCUCGCGGAGGUCGCGGUGCCGUUCCCCGGGUAAAUCUACCCGUGGCUGACUUUAGAAUUCUUCUGGCUUUUAAAUUUUUUCUUUUUAAAAUAACUUGGACGGAUAAAAGAUGUGCCAUGGCAGGAUAACACCAAAGAGCACCUCAGCGUUGGCCGUGGCCUCCGCGGGACAUGGAGUGUUCCUUCCACUGGUGAUCCUUAGCACCCUCCUUGGAGACGGACUUGCCUCAGUGUGUUCCCUACCCCCGGAGCCAGAGAAUGGUGGCUAUAUCUGCCACCCCCGGCCCUGCAGAGACCCCCUGAACGCGGGCAGCGUCAUUGAGUACCUGUGUGCUGAAGGCUACAUGUUGAAGGGUGAUUACAAGUACCUGACGUGUAAGAAUGGAGAAUGGAAACCAGCCAUGGAGAUUAGCUGCCGUCUCAAUGAGGACAAAGAUGCCCACACAUCACUUGGGGUCCCCACGCUGUCCAUAGUUGCUUCCACUGCCAGCUCCGUGGCACUCAUUCUCCUCCUCGUGGUGCUGUUUGUGCUGCUGCAGCCGAAGCUGAAGUCGUUCCAUCACAGCAGGCGCGACCAGGGGGUAUCUGGCGACCAGGUUUCCAUCAUGGUGGAUGGAGUCCAGGUUGCGCUACCGUCCUACGAGGAAGCUGUAUACGGCAGUUCCGGUCACUGUGUGCCUCCUGCUGACCCCAGAGUGCAGAUCGUGCUGUCAGAAGGGUCUGGGCCCGGUGGGAGGAACGGACCAAGGGAGCAGCAGUUGCAGGACCAGGGGGCCUGUUCCUCUGCAGGCGGAGAGGAGGAGGCCCCGGGCCAGUCUGGACUAUGCGAAGCCUGGGGCUCUCAGGGCUCAGAGACUGUGAUGGUGCAUCAGGCAACCACCUCUUCCUGGGUGGCCGGCUCAGGGAACAGCCGAGUGGCAUACAAAGAAGCCCCAGAUUCAGAGAACAGUGACAUACAAAGCCUUUUAUCCCUCACAUCGGAGGACUACACAGAUGAUAUCCCGCUGUUGAAAGAAGCAUGAGUGCUGCCACGGGCCUCUCCUCUCUGCAACGGUCCUCUCUGCCCCUCUUCCCUCUCCCUGUGGGUUUGAGUACGCCAUACUCCAGCCACCCUACCCGGAUACCUGAGCUGCCACCUGUGUAUCUGUGUAUCUCUGUAUCUCUGAGGGCCUCCAGGCCCACCUUGCUGGAAACUCAAGAUGAUUCUCGCCAUCUGCCCGCUGGACAGCUGGAGGAGCUGGCAUUUUGCCUACUCCAGCCUUCCCAUCUGUGUCGGAGACAUUUGAAUGUGCUGGACUGAACUCUUCCUUUCCCUGAGCCCUCCUGGUCCCCUCCAGCCAGCUCUUUGGCGGCAGACCCCACCAGCCUGCGUGGGCCUGAGAGCCGCUGUGUUUACUCGUGCCUUCCCCCACCCAGCCCAUUCGGUUUCCCUGUCAUGCAGGCUUGUUGCUGUCCUACAAGCCUUGGUGGCUGCACUGCUGCCCUCCGGCACACAGAGGGCCAGGCCUGGGUCUGGGUCUGGCCUGUCACCUUUGAGGGCUGGCACCACUGCCCUUAGCAGGAGCAGAUCCAAAAGUGGCUCUAAUUAGGGCAAGGAUGUGGGUGCCCGGGCCUGCCCUGGGUUGACACCCGUGGCACAUUUCUUUGGCUGAGGUUGGAGGAUGUGGAAAAUCACGCCAAAGCUAUCCCAGCACCCAGGUGUCCAGCUCAGAGGUUCUGGCCCCUGGCCCUGUUGAGUUUCUGAGAAGCGUUGAAAAGAUCCUGAGGGAGGGAAGGAAGGUGGCUGAUGGGUGAUUGUCUUCCUAAUAUGCAAAUUCUCACUUCCUACUUCUAGCACCGGCCUUCCUGGCCUUGGUCUUUUCUGUUUCACUGGAGUGUGAAGGGAAGUGGCCUGCUGCCUCCUGGGUUUUGGUCCUUGGCAGCCCCAGCUUCCUUGCUGCCCACAGGGGCCCGAGGUGAAUCAUCGCUGGGAUGGGAGAGUUGCUGAGGUGCCACGGAAGGUCUGUGUGGCCAGUGGCAUUUGGGGCACGUUGCCCCGUUCUGGGUUCGUGGUGAUGGAAGGGAGCCUGAGAGGCACAGACCGAGUCCCCAGGCAGCUGCAGGCAGCUCCAGCCCCGGUCCUGAGGGUCCUCGUCACCACAGUCACGUGCCUUAGUAACUGUGCCCAGGAAGCGUGCUGCUGCUUGCUGCACUGCUGCUUUCCCUGCUUGUGUCUCCCCUGCCACCCUUCCACACGCCAGCCCACCAGCGAGUCCCUGCUCUCUCCCUUGGCCCCCCUGCCACCCUUCCACACGCCAGCCCACCAGCGAGUCCCUGGCACCUGGGAGAGGGGCCGACACUCCUGUACAUCCCCCUUGCGGGUCUGCAGCGGGUGAAUGAUUGCGAGGCAGCCUGGCUCCGGGUCCUGGAGUCGGAGCGGGUGGGCUCGGUGCUCCCAGAUGCUCCUGCUGGGGGCUCUCGCUCUGCCACGUGUGAAUGCUGACCAGGGCUGGGGUGGCAGAGCUCAGCCAGGCUGCUGUCAUCCUCAAAAGACGUGGCAUUAAAGAAUGCUUGUUUCUGUUUUGUUUUUGAAGCGCUGGGGCUGGGAGACUUGUAGCUGAGCCCACCUGUACCUCUGCUGCUCCCCAGCCGCUCUGUUUGGGAUGGUGAAAACAGUAAAGAACCCAGUCUAUUUUUAGUACCUGACCUAACAGGGUAGCUCCAGGCGUGGUUGGCCGCGAAGAUUAAGAGGAAUGGCCUCCUCUCAGCCUCCCGCGCCACUCUCAACACGCACUUUACCACCUGCCCGCUCCUGGCCUCCUGGCGCCACUGUAGUCUUCCUUCGCUCAGGGUAAGGGCAGUGCCUUCUGGGCCUGCGGGCAACCCCACACCUCCCCCCUUCCCCACCCAGGAGCCCUCAUGUGCUGUGCGCAGAGCCCUGGCUGGCGUGUUUCCAUACAGAGCAGGUUGGUGAAGGUGCUGGAACACAGAAGCCUCUGAGGGACAUGCUGCAGACCAGGGGGCCUGCCCUUGCCUCCAAAGAGGCCAUUUCCGGAGAUGUGCCUGUCAGUGGUUGCUGGCACGGGGCGCAUCUGGAGGGUAGGGUCCCUACAGACCCUAGUUGCCUCCUUUACCCACAGGGGUGCCCUGUCUUCCUCCAGAAAAGAGCAGGGACAAAUGGCGGUGGGGGGCGGGGGUUGGGGGGCGGAAUCCAAAGUCUCACUGUUGAGCCUGCAGCCUGAAUUCUAGUCUAGAAUAUUUUUAAAAAUGGAAGAUCUUACCCUUUUUUAUAUCAUUACUCUGGAUCUUUCCCUCCCUAAGAGAUUAUGCUAUUUAAGGUUUACUCAGCCGAGUAGGUGACCAACUUAGCCCUUGGGGGAAAAAAUGAAAAAUGAAAAGCCUUUCUUCUGAAGCCUUCUUCCACCUUGCUCACCAUUAACACCGUCCUGCGGAUCACAAGCCCAGACUUACCUACCUGGUAGGAAAGAAAGUCUGGAUAAAUGGGAACCUAG